GCGCAUCCAAGAUGGCGGAGGCGGGCGCGGGCAGCCUGCACGGCGGGGACGCGGCGCCGCCGAGCCCGCCGCGGGAGCAGGAGCUGAGCCGGCGCCUCCGCCGCCUCUACCCCGCCGUCAACCAGGACGAGACGCCGCUGCCGCGCUCCUGGAGCCCCAAGGACAAGUACAACUACAUCGGCCUCUCGCAGGGCAACCUGCGCGUCCACUACAAAGGUCAUGGUAAAAACCACAAGGAUGCAGCCUCAGUCAGGGCCACACACCCCAUACCUGCAGCCUGUGGCAUUUAUUACUUUGAAGUGAAGAUUGUCAGUAAAGGCAGAGAUGGAUGUUGUGAAAUUCUCCACAGUAAAGAAGAAACAUUUCAGGAAAGGGUGUUUGGGUUUGUUUUCUCCCCUCUUCCCCCUGCCAUUCCUGAGUGUCUGUUGGAGAAAAGGUACAUGGGAAUAGGACUUUCUGCUCAAGGGGUCAACAUGAACAGGCUUCCUGGAUGGGAUAAACAUUCCUAUGGGUACCAUGGGGAUGAUGGGCACUCCUUCUGCUCCUCAGGGACAGGACAGCCCUACGGCCCCACCUUCACCACCGGAGACGUGAUCGGCUGCUGUGUGAACCUCAUCAACAACACCUGCUUUUACACCAAAAAUGGCCACAGCUUAGGUAUAGCCUUUACAGACCUCCCUGCAAACCUCUACCCUACAGUGGGUCUCCAGACUCCAGGAGAGAUAGUUGAUGCCAACUUUGGACAGCAGCCCUUUGUGUUUGACAUUGAGGACUACAUGAGGGAGUGGAGGGCGAAGAUCCAGAGCACCAUCAAACGCUUCCCCAUAGGGGACAGGCUAGGGGAGUGGCAAGCCAUGCUGCAGAACAUGGUUUCGUCCUAUUUGGUUCAUCAUGGCUACUGCUCAACAGCAACUGCCUUUGCCAGAGUCACAGACACCACCAUCCAGGAAGAACAGACCUCAAUAAAGAACAGACAAAGAAUACAGAAACUAGUAUUAGCAGGCAGAGUGGGAGAGGCUAUAGAAGCCACCCAGCAGCUCUAUCCUGGCCUCCUAGAACAUAACCCCAACCUGCUCUUCAUGUUAAAGUGCCGGCAGUUCGUGGAGAUGGUGAAUGGCACAGACAGUGAGGUUCGUUGUUUCGGCGCCCGCAGCCCCAGGUCCCAGGACAGUUACCCCGGCUCCCCCAGCUUAAGCCCUAGACAUGGAUCAAACAAUUCCCACCUCCACAGUACUGGAGCAGAUAGUCCCACCUGUAGCAAUGGAGUCAUGUCCACAAAGAGCAAACAGAGUCACAGUAAAUACCCAACGCUGAGCUCAUCAUCUUCAUCCUCCUCCUCCUCCUCCCCCUCGUCUGUGAACUACUCUGAGUCCAAUUCUACAGAUUCUACCAAAUCUCAGCAGCACAGUAGUACGAGUAACCAAGAAACCAGUGAUAGUGAGAUGGAAAUGGAGGCUGAGCAUUACCCCAACGGAGUCCUGGAGAACUCAUCCACCAGGAUAAUGAAUGGCACCUACAAACAUGAGGAGAUCCUGCAGACAGAUGAGUCCAGCAUGGAAGACAGCUGCCCCCAGAGGCAGCUCUGUGGGGGGAACCACGCUGCCACGGAGAGGAUGAUCCAGUUUGGACGGGAGCUGCAGAUGCUGAGUGAGCAGCUUUGCAGGGAAUAUGGGAAGAACACCAUGCACAAAAAGAUGCUUCAGGAUGCAUUUAGCUUGUUAGCUUACUCAGACCCUUGGAACUGCCCCGUUGGUCAGCAGCUGGACCCCAUCCAGAGGGAACCUGUGUGUGCUGCUCUCAAUAGUGCUAUAUUGGAAUCCCAGAACCUGCCAAAGCAGCCCCCGCUGAUGCUCGCCCUGGGCCAGGCCUCGGAGUGCCUGAGGCUCAUGGCCCGUGUGGGCCUGGGCUCCUGCUCCUUUGCCAGGGUAGAUGACUAUUUGCACUAAGCACCAGAACAAGAUGGAGCUGCCAUCCUUGAGUGCUGCCCUUCACCUUCUGUUGCUGCCACUUUACACCAUCACCUCGUUCAAUAGCCUGACCUCCCUGCCACCAACACCCCCCUCCUCCAGCACACACAGACACAACACACAACACACACACACACACAACACACACACAGACACAACACACACACACACACACAACACACACACACACACCACACACCCUCCUGGGGAAGGGCUGAGCGAGGCCCUGGCUGGGGAAAGCCAUCCCUGACCCCCCCAGGGAAGGACUGGCAGGGUUGUCCCCCACUCUCCCUGCCCUGGCUGCCACUCAGCAUCUCCUGCUGGUUGUUCCCAUGUAGAGCCUGCCAAGGUAGGGCUUGUCUCUUUUGGUUUGGAUUUGACUUGUUUCUCAUGGAGCCACCCAAUGUUUUGGCUGGAGGGUUUUUGGUUGAGGCUGGUUUCUGCUGAUUGACUGAAGAAGCUCAUCAAGUUGGUGACAGCUUGUUCCUUUCCUUCCCUUCUCUCUCCAUGGUGCACAAAGCAACACCAUCCUCUGUGCUCGUGACCUGAACUCUUCUCACACCCAGGGGGCAGCUCAGAGGGGGGUUUUUUAACAAUUUUAUUUGAAUCCUGUUUAUUAAAAAGGUCUCUUCCACCUCCACAAA